AUGGCCCCCAAGAACAACAAGACGGCCGGCAAAGCCAAAGGCAAAGACACAUCCGACGACAAGGGUAAAGGAAAGGGUGGAUUGAAGGCAGCAACUUCUAUCAACGCGCGACACAUUCUGUGCGAGAAACAUUCCAAGAAAGAAGAAGCGCUUGAAAAGCUGCGUAACGGCACAAAGUUUGACGAGGUAGCCCGUGAAUUCUCAGAAGAUAAGGCUCGACAAGGCGGCGCUCUCGGUUGGAAAGUUAGGGGAAGUCUUCAUGGAGACUUUGAAAAGAUCGCCUACGACUUGGAACCUAGUACGACCGGUAAUCCUAAAUAUGCAGAGGUGAAGACUGGGCAUGGAUAUCAUAUCAUCAUGGUGGAAGGGCGGAAGUGA